AUGGGAAUUGCAUUAGAUCGCAUCCGUCGUGCUAGUAACAAUCAAACAUUAUAUAUCUUAUCUUUUGAUUUGGAAAAAAAUUUUGAAGAUCGACUAACAAAGAUGCUUUUAGAUAGUGAAUUUGGCAUAUGGGACAUCAACACAGCUUAUAAUUAUGAAAAUAAAGAAAAAAAAUUUCUAUGUAAAUCAAAUAUGAAAUAUGAUGAUAUAUUAAAAAUAAUCAAUAGCAAUGAUAUAAAUCAUAAUGAUAUUGAUAAUGAUACAUACAAAGAAAAACAACAAUUGUACAGUUUAUUAAAACAUGAUGCUAUUGAAAUUAUUUAUCAACCAAUAACAGAUGAUGAUAUUAUUAAAUUAGAGAAAUGUGGUGAUGAUAUAUGCCAUGGUUCAGGUAUUUAUCAAAAUGGAAUACAUCUGAAAGGUAGCAUUGCCUUCUUUGUAAAAGAUAUCAAUAAUAAUGAUCAUUAUGGCCUUACAGCUAAACAUGUUUUACGUGGAUUAGAUACAAAUUGUACAACAUUAUCUAGUUAUGUUUAUGACGAUUUUUUAUCAUCAUCUGAAUCGCCGUUAGAAUCAUCAAUUCAAUCUUCAUCAUCGGAUGAAUCGACCGAUGCAAAAUCACUUAAAGAAUUGUAUGAACGAUCACGUAAUCCAAUACAUGUUAAUGUUUCAUCAUUAAAAUCAUUGUUAAAUAGACAUAAACCAAACAAAGUGCCAAUAUUUAAAUAUGGUCCAGCUACAAAUUUAACCGUCGGUUUUAUUAAAGAAAUUGAUAGGAAAACAAUAUUGGAUAAUACCAAUUAUAGAAAUGUUAUUGAAGUUGAAUGGAUUGAUGGUAUUGAAUUUGCAAGAAGUGGUGAUUCUGGAUCAUUAUAUUUUGUUCAUGAUUCAACAACAAAUGCAUUUGUUCCUGUGGCAAUGCAUGUUGGUUCAAAAAGAAGAAGAUCAUUUGGCAUUUUAUUAAAAUAUAUAUUUAAAGAAUUAGCUGAACAAAAGCAUAAAUUUUUAAUGUGCGAUUCAACUGAUUGUCAACAAGAAAAUUAA